AAUCCCAGCAAAUCCAAUCUUUCUCGUUUUUUUAUUUUUCUUUUUCUAUUUUCCAGGAAAAUUCUCAGUAUCAUUAUUCUCUGUUAUCCAUUAACAUCAACUGCUAUUCCACUACCAUAAUCAUUUUCUUCUUCCUUUGUUCUUCUCCUUCUAGACGACGCCACCUGCUCGCUCCCUCCUUCCCUCGCGCAUUUCAUGGAUGAAAUGUACGGAAUCUACUCCACUGGAGAGUACGCCUCGGACAAGCCGUUGAUGUCGCCGCCGGACAGUCUGAUCGUACCUUCAGAUUACCACGCCUUGUUUUGCUCCUCGGGUCGGGUUCCGAUGUUUGGAUCCGAUGAGUUGCUCUCCGCUGCUUCUGCCAUAUCUGAAGCUGCCUCCAUCACGCCUGAAAUUCAACCGGAAGAAGACAUGUCCUCCAUCAUCAAAGCCAAAAUCGCUUCGCAUCCUUCCUAUCCGCGCUUGCUCGAGGCCUACAUCAAUUGCCAGAAGGUCGGAGCACCGCCGGAGAUAGCGUCUGUGUUAGACGAGAUUCUGAGAGAGAAUGACGUUUACAAGCGAGGCACCGUUCUGACGUGCUUGGGAGCAGAUCCUGAGCUGGACGAGUUCAUGGAAACCUACUGCGAUAUUUUGGUAAAAUACAAAUCCGAUCUUUCCAGGCCAUUUGAUGAAGCGACUACUUUCUUAAACAAGAUUGAGAUGCAGCUACGGAAUCUCUGCACCGACGCCUCCGUUAGAGGUCCUCCCGGCGAUGAAGGAACUGUAUCCUCGGACGAGGAUCUCAGUGGUGGGGAGCUAGAGUUACAAGAAUCUCAAAUGCGGGGUGAGGAUAGAGAUCUUAAGGACAGGCUUCUACGUAAGUUUGGCAGUCACAUUAGUACUCUGAAGCUGGAGUUUUCAAAGAAGAAAAAGAAAGGAAAGCUACCAAGAGAAGCAAGACAAACGUUGUUUGAUUGGUGGAAUCUCCACUACAAAUGGCCAUAUCCUACGGAAGCUGAUAAGAUGGCGCUAGCUGAAUCGACUGGGCUAGACCAGAAACAAAUCAACAACUGGUUCAUAAACCAACGAAAACGUCACUGGAAGCCGUCUGAGAACAUGCAAUUUGCAGUCAUGGAUAACCUUUCUGGUCAGUUCUUUACAGAUGACUGAGUUGCAUGUACAGUCUCAAAUUAAUUAAUUUUUCUCAAGAUAAAUUGUUGCUUGUGUUGCCUAUUUCGUGUAUAUUCUUAAUGCAGAAUUGCGUACUUUACUGAUAUUGGAUAUGCUUCUCUGAGAUAUGGGAUAAAUAAUUGUAAUUUGUUCCCUAUAUCUUUCCUCAAUUGAGCAGUGGUUAUAAAGAAAAUAGUUCUCUGGCU